UAUUUUUUUUGUAUCACAUUUGAUAAAUUUACCACAUCUGAAUUUUAUAUAUAUAUAUAAAUUAACCUCUAGUAAAUUUUGUCUCAGAAUAUUAGUAAAUAACGUAAUUAUCUCUGUUUAUAUAUCCUGUACAGAAAUUAUUUACUCGGGAUCGACAUUCAAUACAAUAUCUACACACGCUGCGCGGUAAAAUCGAAGACAUAUCAGCAACAGUCUCUUUCAGAACGGUGUCGAUGAUGCAUUUUAUUGAUAGACUGCAUUUCCCUAGCCAUCUCCAGAGUACACAUGGUUAAUUGUUAUUUGCUUGGACAAGGCUCUUGCAUGGAAAUAGAAUUCUAGAUUAAAGUCCCACAGCAGGGGAAGUGUUUAUAACAGGAGUGUGAUCCUUGGUUCAGACACAAGCUUGCAGCCCAUAAAUCUUUUGAUGGGUAUGAGUUUAGAGGGGGUUGAUGCAUGCACUAUUCAGACAGCAUUAGCAGUUGAAACCACUUGUGGACAGCUUCUCCUGUGGUGGAUCAAAAGAUUCUGGGAUUUCCCCUGUGUAGAAAGCUUGGGAGUAUAAUUUCACAGCUUCCAUUCAGUGAUUGAUAAGAUGUGAGGAUCAUGGCCUUCUUGGAUGAAGAUUACGAAAAAUAUUAUGGGAGACUCCAACCAGCAAGAGGCUGCAACACUUAUGAAAAUUCAAGAGAUAACAAUGAAGAUUCAGAAAGUACCUAUAAGUAUUCUAAAACACUGGAAAAUUCUGAAUUUUAUCAUAAGGAAGAAGCAAAAAUUUCCGAAUCAGACUUCCGAAAAGUUCGACCAUUUGAUGAUCCUGAAGAACCAGAUCGUUUUAAGGGAAGAAAAGUGUUUCUAUCGAAAAACAAUUAUUCAAUCAGAGGAGCUCGGGGAAAUCAUAACAAAAGAGGCAGAGGUGUUAACAGUUUACGAGGAAGAGGAUUUUCGUGGAAGUUUAAUUUCCAAAGCAGAAAUUAUCCUGAAAACAGCAGAUACAAAUACUCAUCAACAGAUACAACAAAGUGUGAUCCUCCUCCAAAUAAUGAUAGUAUUCAUAAAACGUCCACUUCUUAUGAAACAAACUUGAAACGAUCACCACCAAAAUGUUCCCAGAAAAAUUCACCAGGAAGCAAAUACCAGCGUUCCCCAGACAAUGCUUUCUACAGAAGUGACGGUCAGAAAAGAAAGAGGCAUCACACGAGUCUCGAUGCGUACAGUUACAAAUCAGAAAACGUGCACAGCAAUUCUGGAUCCAAAUUCCGUGUCUCAGACAGUUACAGGUCUCGAUCGCGGAGUUGGUCUAGUUUGUAUUCUGAAAGUUCUUCAAGAAAACGGUACAGAUCAGGAAGUCGUCGGAGAAGAUCUAGAGACGGUUCAAGAAAAAGAGCCCACCGAUCAAGAAGUACAUCAACUUCUCACUCUCGAAGUUCCUCUAGAAAUGGUAGAUGGAGGACAUAUGAUCGAAAAAGGGGAGGUUAUAGAUCUAAAAGCCCAUCAAGAAGGCAUUCACAUAGUCCCCCGAGAAACAGAUUUAGAGGAAGGUCAUAUGAUAGAUACAACAGAUCAAAAACUCGAUCAAGAAGCCGUUCACCUGCUAAAUGUAGUAAUAGCAAUUACAAGGAACAAAAUUCAAGUAAUCGCAGUUUGUCUAGACGUAGGUCUCGGUCGCAAAGUUGGUCUAGUGAUUCUUCCAAAAGUUCAAACUUUAGUAGAAGUUCGUCGAGUAGUAGAAGUAGAUCGCAUAGUCCCAACAACUCAAGAGUCAGAGAAGAGGGCCGUUACAAACGUUCAAGUAAUGAUUAUCGAAGUCCCAAAAGAAAUCUUCGAUACAAACCAUAUAGUCAUCAAAAGGAUUUUAGAAGAAGGUCAAGGAGUAGAGACUACAGAUCACAAAGUAGAUCCAGAAGUCAUUCCCCUGCUAGAGACAGAAAUGAUGAUUACAGGAGUUACAGAAGGUCUCGGUCACAAAGUUGGUCAAGUACAGAUGCUAGAAGCCCUUCAAGAAAAAAAUGCAGAUCACGAUCUUCACAAAGAAAUUCUAGGGACCGGUCAAAGAGUAGGGGCUAUCAAUCAUUGAGUUCAAUUAGUUUACACUCAAGGAGUUCAUGCAGUAGUAGAAGCAGAUCACGCAGUCGACGAAACUCAAGAAACAGAGAAUCCAGAAGUUCAAGUAGACCCUCUCAAAGUCCCUCAAGAAAUGGUGUCCACAGAUCACAUAGCAAUGAAAGUCGAUCAUCUAGCGUCUGCAGAUCGAAACGGCAGUCACGAAGUCAUUCACUUGCCAGAUUACGAAGGGAACCAUUCAAGAGGCAAACGUUAGGUAGUCGGAGUUCGUCUGGAAGUUCAUUGACCUCAUUAAGUGUGUAUGAUCUUCAAAGGAGUGACUCUGAGAGUAGUUUAUCAAGUAUCACAUCAACAAGGUCAAGGUCCUCAUCUAGAGGGCGGAGUUCAAGCGCAGAAAGAAGUGAAAGAAAGACGCCUGUUCACAUAGAAACUGAAAGUUCACCAACUGCAACAGACACUAGUAAACAUACUACAUUUAGGUCAGGAAAGUUUCAAGGCAGAAAACGAACCAAAAAUGAAGACUUUGUUAGAAGACAGUAUGAAAGGUUUGAGAAAGAAAGGGAAGAAAAAAUGCUGGCAAAUGUUGAUGACCUUUUGGAAAGACUUGUUGGAGAUGUUGCAGAACAUAGUCAUGCAGAACUUGUAAAUGAACCUGUCACUGCGAAAGAGACCAGUGACACUUCCAAACCUCUAGUGUCCGAGAGCACAGUAGUGGAGACUGAAUACAGAACUGUACAAAUAAAACCAAAGCCGCCGGAGGAACUCGGCCACACUCAUCAAAAGUGUUCUGCCCUGGAAAAUAGCAAUCACUGUACUCCAAAUUUACAUGAAAAUUUGAAAAUUUUCCUUCAUUCUAGCCAGGAAAGGAAUGUUGUGUGUGUGAAAGAUCAUGGAGAGAUGGAAGGCCCAUCUAGUGCCAGGAAAAGGAAAAGUCUUUCACAAUUUUACCUAGAACAGAUGUUAGAGUGUGGUAUUAAUCUAAAGAAAAGCAAGGAGGAAUGGACUCUGACCAGUGAUAUGCAAACAAUUGAUUUUGAUGGAGUACAUGAGAAAACAACUUCUAAGGAUGAUUUUAAUCAACUGGACAAGAUAGCUCUGAUAAGGGACAGCAGUUUGAAUGUUGCUCAAAGCCAAGGUAAUGAAGAGAAAGUAACACCAAACAUUCAAGAUCAUAAAAGUGCACCAAAGGAAAAAGCAGCUGCAAAUGUGGACUGCCAUCAUGACAUUUCUCAAAGUGAAAGUAAUCAAAAGAGAAUAACACCAAACAUUCAAAGGCAUGAGAGUGCAUCAGAGGUAAUUCAGGUUCAAGAAAGUCUAACCCAAAAAGAAUUCAGUUCUGAAACAGCAACACAAAACAUGCUGAAUCAGGACAGUGCACCGCAAAUAAUGAAAACUCCAAAAAGUGUAAAUCAACACAUGCUGAGUCAGGACAGUGCACCACAAAUAAUGAAAACUCCAGAGAAUGUAAAUGAAAACAUGCUGAGUCAGGACAGUGCACUGCAAAUAAUGAAAACUCCAGAGAAUGUAAAUCAAAACAUGCCCAGUCAGGACAGUGCACCGCAAAUAAUGAAAACUCCAGAGAAUGUAAAUCAAAACAUGCUGAGUCAGGACAGUGCACUGCAAAUAAUGAAAACUCCAGAGAAUGUAAAUCAAAACAUGCCCAGUCAGGACAGUGCACCGCAAAUAAUGAAAACUCCAGAGAAUGUAAAUCAAAACAUGCCCAGUCAGGACAGUGCACCGCAAAUAAUGAAAACUCCAGAGAAUGUAAAUCAAAACAUGCCCAGUCAGGACAGUGCACCGCAAAUAAUGAAAACUCCAGAGAAUGUAAAUCAAAACAUGCCGAGUCAGGACAGUGCACUGCAAAUAAUGAAAACUCCAGAGAAUGUAAAUGAAAACAUGCGGAGUCAGGACAGUGCACUGCAAAUAAUGAAAACUCCAGAGAAUGUAAAUCAAAACAUGCCGAGUCAGGACAGUGCACUGCAAAUAAUGAAAACUCCAGAGAAUGUAAAUCAAAACAUGCCCAGUCAGGACAGUGCACUGCAAAUAAUGAAAACUCCAGAGAAUGUAAAUCAAAACAUGCCCAGUCAGGACAGUGCACCGCAAAUAAUGAAAACUCCAGAGAAUGUAAAUCAAAACAUGCCCAGUCAGGACAGUGCACCGCAAAUAAUGAAAACUCCAGAGAAUGUAAAUCAAAACAUGCCGAGUCAGGACAGUGCACUGCAAAUAAUGAAAACUCCAGAGAAUGUAAAUCAAAACAUGCCCAGUCAGGACAGUGCACCGCAAAUAAUGAAAACUCCAGAGAAUGUAAAUCAAAACAUGCUGAGUCAGGACAGUGCACCGCAAAUAAUGAAAACUCCAGAGAGUGUAAAUCAAAACAUGCCCAGUCAGGACAGUGCACCGCAAAUAAUGAAAACUCCAGAGAAUGUAAAUGAAAACAUGCUGAAUCAGGACAGUGCACCGCAAAUAAUGAAAACUCCAGAGAAUGUAAAUCAAAACAUGCCCAGUCAGGACAGUUUGGCCAAAAACUUAGAAAGUAAUCAGAAUACAAUUCAAGAUGCAGAAAGUCAGGAAAGUACAUCUCAAAACACGCUGAAGGAAGUUAAUUCAACUCAAAGAAAAGUGAAACAAUCUGUUGAGUUAUCAAUAAACAUCUCAAGGCAGCAAUUGCCUCCUGCUUUGUUGAAAAAUAUAAAAUUAUUUAAACCACUAGAAACUAGCGGUGAAACUGACACUACUGCCAAAGACCUAACUCCACCUUUAGAAAGGAAAAUUCGAAGUAAACUCAUCGAAGGGAAAUGUGAAAAUACUGUUGAUAUCCCAAUGGAAAUCAAUGACAAGACUCUUGAUUCUGGUUCAUCAGACUUGGGAUUGUUGUCAUUUGAUGAUUUCACAGACUCGGACCAGGAGUUUAGCCAAAAAACUUCUGGUGCAGAAGAAAAUGUUAGAGAUCACACCGAAACAAACCUAGAGAAGAUGCCACCAAAGUCAAGUGAAGCGAUGAAUGUUGAAACAACUACACAGCUGAACAUGGAAAGAUCAUCAGAGAAUGCACUUAAUAGCCUAGCCAGUUUUUAUGCAGAGCUGUCCGAUGAAGCAUUGAAUAAAGAGAGUACUGGUGAUGGAAUUAUGGUCAAAACGUCCACACCGGUCAGAAACACGAGUGUCUCCAGAACGUCCACACCAGUCAGAAACACAGGUGUCUCCAGAACAUCCACACCGGUCAGAAACCCGAGUGUCUCCAGAACAUCCACACCGGUCAGAGACACAGGUGACUCCAGAACAUCCACACCGGUCAGAAACACAGGUGUCUCCAGAACAUCCACACCGGUCAGAAACACAGGUGUCUCCAGAACAUCCACACCGGUCAGAAACACAGGUGACUCCAGAACAUCCACACCGGUCAGAAACACAGGUGUCUCCAGAACAUCCACACCGGUCAGAGACACAGGUGACUCCAGAACAUCCACACCGGUCAGAAACACGAGUGUCUCCAGAACAUCCACACCGGUCAGAGACACAGGUGACUCCAGAACAUCCACACCGGUCAGAAACACAGGUGUCUCCAGAACAUCCACACCGGUCCGAAACACAGGUGACUCCAGAACAUCCACACCGGUCAGAAACACAGGUGUCUCCAGAACAUCCACACCGGUCAGAAACAUGAGUGUCUCCAGGGAAGAGGGUUUGGAGAAACAUAAUGGAGAAGAAUAUGUGAAAAUAAGCUUAUUUACAGCGAACUCCUCCGUAAUCGACCAGACUGAAUCGCUUCACAGUGAAUCACAAAAAAGUGAAGUCGUUAGUGUGGGUGAAGCACAGAUGGCGAACAAUGCUGAAGAAUCGGCACAUUUAAAACUAAAUGCUAAGUCAACUGAGAAACAACUACAGUCAUCAAAAGACAAAGGCUGGAAAUGUGCUGGAAAAAAUUCAGUGAAUGAUGUAUCAAAUGUGAAAAGUUCAAGCUACGACAAAGAGAGAAAAAUUGAAAGCAAAAGUAAAGGGGAUGAAAUUACCACAAAAAAGCAUGUGAAUACAAAAGCAAAAACAUCGUCAAGCGUACCUUUGGUGAAAAAUCCUGUGAUAAGGAAUAAAAAUGACGAAAGGUCUGUUGUAAAGGACAUAAAAAGUUCACACAAGAAAACAUCAGAAGAAAGAUUGAAAACCAACAAAAUACCAACCAAAUGUUUUACACCUGCAAAGAAAACCGAUUUUGAUAAAGAAAAGAGUGCAUCAGAGAAUAAUUCAACAGAUAGUAUAUAUGAUGAGACUCUACCCAUGUUGAAGUUGAGGAAAGAUAAACAAGAUGCAUCAACAACUUCCAUCGAUUCAUCUGAUUCGGAGACCUCAAAACCCAAACUCAGCAAACAGGGAAGUGAAACCCAAGGUAAACUGAAAGAAAUGGAACAGCUAUUAUCUAAAGGCCCCAACAAAAAUUCAUUAAGUGUGAGCAGCAAAGAAAAAGAAAAACUAUUGUCUAAAAAGAGUGCCAAAGAUUCUGAUAAUGUCAGUGACAAAAAAACCUGCAAGGCUAUGAAUAUUAUGUCAAGGAAACCAUCGCUCAAGUCACCAAGAAUUAAAUUGAUAGAUCAAGAUGAUCUCUUUCUGCUGGAUACUCUAUAUAAAAGAAGUCGUGUUGGGUCUUCGAAAACAAAAGACACAAAAUCCAAGGCGUGCAAAGCUUUAACAGACACAAAAGAUCACAAAACAGUGUGUGCAAGAAAGAAAUCAACUGGUACUCCUCAUAUGUUAGCAAGAAAACCACUUCAAAAUACUGUGUCUGUUCCUGCAUGUAAACCAGCAGAAGUCCAAAGUACAUCAGAGGAGUCCGGAAAAGUCAGCAAGAAAGCUUGUACUGCAAUGAGAUCUUCAGAAGUUAGCAAUGGGAUGAGAGCUUCAGAAAUUAGCAGUGUUACUACUGGGAUGAGAACUUCAGAAAUUAGCCCAGAAAACAUCAGAAUGGACACUCCAAUGAAGUGUGUCCCAAAUAAUAGAGAUACGGAGGGAAAUGACAAAGAAAAUGGAGGAAAAAUUCCUGAAGCCUCUAAAAUUUCUGCUCUAGGAGCGAAGAGACAGAGUAGAGAAUUGUCCACGGAGCAGAUGAAAGUUCUGCAGAGAAACAAGGAAGUGAGAGAACGAACGUGUCAGGAACUGAAACAAGGAAAACAAGGUGGAAGAAAAAUGUCAAAAUCUGGAAAAAUUCAGAAGAUGAAGCACAUUGUGCAUGUAGAGAAAAUUCAAGCAAAAACUGUAAAGAAACAUGUUUCAAAAUCUAAGAAAGAUAAAGAUGAAAAGAUGAGGAGAGUGUUGUGUAAUUUAUCUACUCAAAGGAUCACAAAUAAAUCAAGUGAAACAGCAGAGGGUAAAAAGUCACUCACAGAAUGUGAACAAACAGUUAAAACAGAUACUAUUGCCAAAAACAUUUUACAGACAGUCCCAGGAAGAAUAGAAAUUUUUGAUUCAGAAUUUAACAGAAUUACAUACUCCUCAACUGAAAGGGCCGAGGAUUCUGCCAAGAAGACUAACCCAGAAAUCGAUAAAGUACCUGACGGCAGCUUAAACUUCCAAGAGUAUACGUCUGUGCUUGAAGACGAAGAUGAGGACACUGAUGAUGAGAAACUUCAAAUAGAUCUGGACUCGGUGUCACCAGAAAAGAAGAAUUCGCCAACAAAUUCCAAGAGAGACAAGCAAGCCGAGAUCCAAGUGGGUGGUGAAGUUAAUGCGACAAUCAUCUCGGAUCCUGAGAACAACACAGUACAAAACUCUGAAGACAAGGAACCAAGUGCUUCUGAAUCAACAAUGGAGGCUACCAAAGUGAUGACAGAGAAACGUGAAGAAGGAAAUAUUCUAUCAAGUGAACCAGACAAUUUUUUGAAUAUAGACUUGUUUUCUCCUGCAAACCCAUCAGCAACCAUAUCGGAGGAUAUUGACUACAAUGACAUUCGAAUAAUGUACUAUAACUAUGGUGUACCCCAGAGUCCGUAUGUAGCUGAAGAGGACAUCGCACAAACACCUGGAAAAACCCAGAAUCAAAGAGAGGCUACACCUAGUACCGGGCCUGAAACUGAUCAAACUGCAAAGAAUAUUCUACCUGAAGAGGUACCACCAAAGAGUCAAGUGGCAGUGGUAAAACCCAGGGGCAGACCUGAAACCCCCAAUAAGGACAUCAGCUCGGAGACUGAUCAAACUGCAAAGAAAAUUCUAUCAGAAAAGAACUUAUCAGUGUCACCAGCAAAGAGUCACGUGGCAGUGAUAAAACCCAGGGGCAGACCUGAAACUCCUAGUAAAGACAUCAGCUCAGGGACAGAUCAGACUGCAAGGGAAAUUCUGCCAGAAGACUUACUGAAGUCAUCAGUCACGGACACAAAUACUCUGCAGUUGCAACAAAGUACAAGCAAAACACCAAAUGUUAGUAGUUCACAGGAUACAGAAGUGUCCUCUGAUUAUGGAACAGACAGCAAUAGAGGCACUCCAUAUUCAGACAUAUCCGAGUCAUGUGAUGAGCCGGAGAAAAACAAGACUAGGGGUGUGCCCAAUCAAGAGACAAAGUUGUGGCCACUACUUGGAAAUUUAGGAGUGAAUGCAUAUGAACAUAUUCAACAUCCAGCAUUUGUGCAUCAAGUCUACUGUUUUAUAUCUGGAUUGAGAAAAAAGAGCUUAGAAAACUGCAAACCUAUCGGGUUCACUCACUACAAGUCGUUUAAAAACAUGCAGUUGACAAAUUCAAAUUUGGGCUUGACUGUUGGUUUUUUGGAGCCCAAGAAAUUCCGAGAUCUAAAACUGCGCUGCAUUCGGUGCAACCUGUGUGGGAAAUACUUUGAUCCCUGCAAGUUCUUGGUACACUAUGAUGGUACUGGAGUGGAGCUAGAUGAAAAGAAAUGCCUUUCAGCUGAGCCCCAGCCUGCAGUGGGUAACAUGGAAACCCAUGUAAAGAACAUGUGGGAAUGUAUGGUCACCCUGAAGAAUCUAUUAGUUGGUAUAAGGCUAAAAAAACUAAGCUUGGAUUUGGAAAAGAGUACAGAGAGAAGAAAUAGUGAUGUGAUACCUAGAUCCCAGCCAGUAACAUCUGUAUUGGAAAAUAAUCAAAGCGUCUCCAAGAAACCCAAAAUUGAUGAAAGAGAAAGACAUUGCACUGCAGUUGAGAAACCAGCAACUUCUGAAAAUGUGUCAAAUUCCACUACAGAAAAGGGUUCAGCACAAAAUAGAUAUGUUCAUAGACAUCACGCUAUUCCCACAGACUUAACUAUGACCAGGCCUGUAAACAGACCUGCACAACUGACCAAAAGGACAGAGACAUCGAUGGAUUGUGAAGGACAGAGCCAAAGAAAUGUUACCUUAGCCAGUCCCAGAAAUGGUGGUCAGUCAGAUUCAUUGGGGGUGAAAAAUGUGGAUUUUGUAAGUCGACAAACUGCUGCUCCACAAGCUGAAAACGUUGCUGGGUGUGCAAACAACUGUGGAGGUGCAAACAUCCCUGUAGUACCAAGUAAUGCUCAUGCUUUGUUUGCAAUGUCUCAUCCUGCAUGUAAUUUCCAGCAAAUUUGGAACAUUAUGCCACCACCACCACCAAGUCAGAUGGCAAGCAACUCCAUGGUGGCCAACUCUACUUCAUCCAAUAUUCAAAAUAGGAAAGAAUAUUUAGAAUAUUCUAAUAUCUUUAAUGUUAUGGCACCGGGAGUUCUUAACACGAGAUCAGGAAAAGAUAAAAACCUUCACCAGAGAUAUCAGCAGCAACACGAUGCACAUCAACAGCAACACAUUACACAGAAACAUCAGCAGCAACACAAUACACAGGAACAUCAACAGCAAAACGAUGCACAGCAACACAAUGUACAGCAACAGCAAAACAAUGCACAGGGAUAUCAACAGCAACACAUUGCACAGAAACAUCAACAGCAAGAUGUUGCACAGGGACAUCAACAGCAACACAUUGCACAGAAACAUCAACAGCAAGAUGUUGCACAGGGACAUCAACAGCAACACAUUGCACAGAAACAUCAACAGCAAGAUGUUGCACAGGGACAUCAACAGCAACACAAUGCACAAAGACAUCAACAGCAAUAUGAUGCACAAAGAUAUCGGCCACCAAAUUUAAACAAUCAGACUUCAAUGACUACCCCCUUAUAUCAAAACCAACAUAUUGAGAUGUUGUCAUCAAGAUUACAAGAUACACUAAAACAUAUGAAUAGGGCAGGCUAUCAGAGUCGCCAGAAACGGAUACAAUCACUGCAUCCACAAAUCGGAGCUAGUCUGAGAGACCAGAACAACUUGAGGCCUUCACAACAGCAUGUGAAUAUGGCACCUAUACCUACCCAGGCAGUGACAAGUCGUUUAACACCUUCAGUUAUGCCACCACCAUGCUUUCCAGGUAAACCCAGUAAUCGCUAUUCUACCAUGUCUGACCACGUUCAACAAAUGCCCACAGUACAUGGGCAGCAUCUGACAGUGCAGCAGAAUAUUUCACAACAAAUGCCCACAGUACAUGGGCAGCAUCUGACAGUGCAGCAGAAUAUUUCACAAGCAAUGGCAGCCCAUCCAGUUCAGUCUUCUGUGAUGCAAAAUCAGCCGGUGAUUAACAAUCCAUUGCAAUCAUCUACCAUUUCUCGUACUCAUCAAAAUAUGUCAGGGGAUCUUGUCUCCUCAUUCAUGGUCAGUAGGGCACAUCAGAACUCAUUGCCCAUGAGUCAUCUUUCUCAUCAGAACACAUUACCCAUAAGUCAUCUUUCUCAUCCGAACUCAUUACCCACGAGUCAUCUUUCUCAUCAGAACACGUUACCCAUGAGUCAUCUUUCUCAUCAGAACACAUUACCCACGAGUCAUCUUUCUCAUCAGAACAUGGGUCUCAAUCAUGUAUCAAGUCAGUCAAAUGUCAAUGGGCUAAUGAACCAGUCACAGAAUAGCCAAAACCUAAGCAGUGAUAAGUCUUCACAAAUAAGUAGAAGUGUCACGAAUGACUCAUCCACGCCAGGAAGUAGUGGACAACCCAAAAUGGUUAGCCCAGUCAGAGACGUUCAAAGUUUUUUGCAGAUAGCUAGUGAAAUGGUUUCAAGGUUCAAUCCAAGCUCUGCAAGUUCAUCCAGUGUGGAUAUCCCCCAUCCUUCACUCAGCAACCAAAACCAAAUAAAAGAAAGUUGUUUUCCAAAUCAAAGGUCUCAUGAAACGGAAGUACCUGUGAUAAAUGCAGCAUCCAGUGGUAAACCCCAGGGAAAUUCUUCUAAUGGACAAAGCACAAGCUUAGAUCUCCUGGACGCUGCAAAACAGCUUGCCAAGAGGAUCAGUGGUCCUGAAGAUGCACAACAGAAGCUGGUGAAUUCCUUGGUGAAUAUGAUGGCCUUCACGACAUGGAUGAAUGAACAAUUUCAGCUAAAAAUUGCUGAAGUGGCAUCUGCACAACAAGAACUGCAGAAUUGCAAGGAGGAUGUAAAGAAGUCUAUGGAGGAAUACCAGACCACAGAGAGUUUGAUGACUCAAAAGAUUAAUGAAGUUUUAUCAAAAUUGUCCAAGUAAACGGAGGCAGACCGCUUGCAGUCAGGUCUUUAGAUCUGAAACAAGCAGAGAAAGAAGACCAGAAAUUUACAAGGGCCAGCUGACAGUGAUGCUCAGAGAGAAAAAGACCGAAAAUUUACAAGGGCCAGCUGACAGUGAUGUUCUGUCCCAAGAAAAAUGGUGACUAAAUCAGAAACUGUCCAAUAAAAAAAAAAGGAAGAAACUCUUCUAUGCAUGACAUUUUGGAAGAUUACAAGGCAUCUUAGAAAUCCACAUGUGUACAUAUCAAUCAUUUUGGUAGUUCUUUUGUGUUUAUUAUGUUACUUAGUAUGUUUUGUAUUUUUUAUAUGUAGUACUUUUAUUAUAUUGUGUAACUAGUAAUUGCUGUCUUAGUCAGUUGCUUAUUGGUGCACACAAGUGAAUUAGUCAAGAAUGAGAUUUUUUGUGGACAGUGUUUUGAACUGAAUUGGAAUUUUCUCGUGAUGAAAACAUUUGAAUUUUUUACACUGAUCAUUACCAUAUCUUGUAAGUGAUGAUGAUAGUCUUGAUAAGUGUUUGUGGUAUUUAGGACACAUUGUAUACAUGCAUUUUUCAUUAGUGUGGAAGAAUUUAUGAAGUUCACAACUGGACAUGACCGUUGAAUACUAGAUAAGUGUAAUCAAGCUCUCGUUUCUGUAAUAUUCUCUUCAUGUUUACAUAUAUACCUGCUGAUGGACUGGACAAUGCACCAAGUUGAUAUACUGCUGAACUGUAACUACAUGUGCACUAAACUUUCAUCCAGCUACAUGUAUUUUGGAGAGAGGGAAGGGAACUAGGUGAAGCUCUUCCUUUUAAGUAUGUUACAGUAGGGUGUUCCUAAACACAACAACAGGAUGUUAACUCUGUCCUAAACACAACAACAGGAUGUUAACUCGCUCAUGAAAACAACAACAGGAAGUUAACUCUGUCCUAAACACAACAACAGGAAGUUAACUCUGUCCUAAACACAACAACAGGAUGUUAACUCUGUCCUAAACACAACAACAGGAUGUUAACUCGCUCAUGAAAACAACAACAGGAAGUUAGCGCUCUCCUAAACACAACAACAGGAAGUUAACUCUCUCCUAAACACAACAACAGGAAGUUAACCCCUUUACACAACAACAGGAAGUUAACUCUCCUAAACUCAAGAACAGGAAGUUAACUCUCUUCUAAACACAACAUCAGGAAGUUAACGCUCUCCUAUACACAAGAACAAGACAUUAACUCUCCUUUAUACAACAACAGGAUGUUUGGUGUACUUGUAACAAAGUUACAUUGGACUUUUUCAUCCCUUAUGGGAGUACUGUCUAUCCAUUUCUUGUUUACUCAAUUCUAUGAUUGAAAUUUUUUUUUACAUGAUUUCAAUUAUUGUUCAAUAUAUGUUCAUAAUGUAAACACCAAAGGUGAACUAAUGUUCUCACUGUGUUUCACCAAUCAGUGUUCAGUUUUCUUGUUCAGCUGCUGUUACGGGUAUGUUUAUUAUACAACAACGAACCUCCAUAUUUCCUCCUUGUGUUAAGUAGCGUCCAAUUUUUAUUUCUUAUAGAAAAAUGUGCACAAACCUUGACGUCUCUUGUCUAUAUUCUAGUGUUGUUUCUAUUUAUUUUUACAUAAUCCCACCUUAAUGUUUAGGCAUUAGCAUAAUACAUUAAACAAUUAUUACAACUGAUAAUUAUACAAUUUAUAUUUUGUUUGAAAGCUUAAUCGUUUACUUUUUUGUUAAUAUGUUUGUCAACACCAUGAAACUGUUCAAUUGUGAUUGUUGUGCACUUUUUGCUCAAUUUAUCAUACUAUGUUAGGUACAAACAAAUGUGAUGCUGUUUUCCCACAAUGCAAUGUUUAUCAGGAUUGACAUCUCAUCACAAGAUUUCGAAAGUUACCCCCUGGUAAUUUGUUUGCUAAAAUCAAACUCAUUAACAGAAUCUAGAUGUGCAAUUUACAGCUUUAUGGUAAUUCAAAUAUGCAAUUUACAGCUUAAUGGUUAUUGAGAUUUAUAAUUUACAACUUAAUGAUAAUUUAGAUAGGCAAUUUACAACUUAAUGAUAAUUUAGAUAGGCAAUUUACAGCUUUAUGGUUAUUUAGAUUUAUGAUUUACAGCUUAAUGAUAAUUUGUCACAGUUCAAUUUUUUUGUGUUAACUCAGAAUGUAAUUUAACUGUUUUGCUGUUGUGGUUCAUUUUUAAUAUGAUUCAUGUUGAAUACUUGUAACGCAUUCUGAAGGGAAUAUUUCUUUAUUUAAACAUUUAUACUUUGUAUUUCUUAUUGUAAAAUACCCUACUUUAACAAACAAACAAAAAUGAUAGUAUAAACUUGUUUAUUUGACAGAUUGAGGUUUUAUUGUAGUAAUUUUAAAAUUGUUUUUUAAAUAGUGUAAAAUAUGUUGGAGAUGUAAUUUUUUUUUUUUACAAAGAUGUUGUGAAAUGUUUUGUUGGAAAUCCAGUGAUUGCAGGGGAUACAUUUUAAAUCUGAAAUAAAAACACUUUUACUCCGUUCCCUGUAA